AUGGCAUCGGUGGCGACCCAUUUCUCAGGUUUCCUCUUCUUAUUCCCCGUUGGUAUACGCCGCUUGCUAUUUUCUUCCUCCCUUUACCUGAAAAGCCCGUCCAAUUUCCGAUCCAAACUAUGGUAUUUCUCUCACCCCGCAUGGAAGAACAUUGAUCUCUAUUUCCUCCUUGUAGCCCUCCCUAUCGCUUCCUUCUCUGAGUUUGUCAUCUUCUUAUCUUUUUCCGGUCACCCCACCUACCGAUUUGCGUUUUCCCUGCAAUCCAUUGCACUUUUGAUAUUCUGGGUCCUGAUCCUUCUCAUUUUAGCUCAGGAGUAUUUGGGCUCAUCUCUGGUGAAUGAGAGUUUUGUUUUCAUUUUCGGAUCCAUUUGCUUUCUCGUGGAGUAUUCAGUGUUCGGUAAAGGAAUUGGGGGUCUUGGUGGAGUCGUCUACGGAUUCUUGGGUGCAUUAACUCUCGUUUGCGUAGGUGCUUGCCUGUACUUGUCAGUUAAGCCAACUGCCUUUUUUGCCGAUUUUUUGCUCUCUUCGGGAUUGAUUUUUAAGGGUACAUGGCUGCUGCAAGCUGGAUUUUCUUUGUACACUGAUGCUUUUAUGUUGAAGGGGUGUAAAAAGAUUUCACUUUCUUCACCAUCUCUCGAGAAUGUCGAUGUUCAUUGUGAUCUUGAUGAGGAUAGUCUGAGGGGUAUCACAUUGAUGCAUUUCAUCUUCACUGUGCAUGCCACUGUGGUGCUGGUUUUGAGUCUUGGACUAUUUGGGUUGCUAGCAAGUAACCGAAAAUUGAGAUGUGUGGAGGCAAGGGGACCGUUGCUAACUGAGCUUGAAUCGCCACAAAUGCUUAUGCAUGCUCUUCCUGGCCAGGAGAUGGAAUAA